UUAAUUUUUAGACGCAACAUUCAACAAUCAAUCAUGUGCUUCGCUUAAACCGAAACCCCCGUAUUUUAAAAGACAUCCUCACUUUACAAAACUCCACUGUUUCGCUUCAAAUCCGCCAUUCAAACCCAACUGGUUCAACUCCUCCAUCCAUUUUAAUCUCUUUCAGACUUCAGGAUGCUUUUGUUUCCAUCUGCUCCCUGCUGAGAGACUUCUUUGUUCUGCUUUAUGGGGGCCAAAAGUUCGAAGGAGGCCUCGCCCUAUCGCUCAACUUCUUCUUCCUCAUGGGGUGGUGGUGGGUAUUCUCGAUCGUCAUAUGGACAUGAGACCCCGAGUUAUGUGCCUCAGCAAUCCUAUCCUUCUCAGCAGUAUUAUACAUCCUCUCAAGAGUGCUAUGGGAACGUUGAUAAUGGCAGGAGGUUGGAUAGAAGAUACUCGAGGAUUGCUGAUAAUUACAAUUCUUUAGAAGAGGUAACAGAAGCUCUUGCGCGUGCUGGCCUUGAGUCUUCCAAUCUUAUUGUUGGCAUUGAUUUCACCAAGAGCAAUGAGUGGACAGGUGCAAGGUCGUUUAAUAGACGAAGUCUACAUCACAUUGGAGACCAGCCAAAUCCUUAUCAACAGGCAAUAUCAAUUAUUGGAAAGACAUUGGCUGCUUUUGACGACGAUAACUUAAUUCCCUGCUUUGGGUUUGGAGAUGCGUCAACUCAUGAUCAAGAUGUCUUCAGUUUCUUCCCGGAGGAGAGGUUUUGCAAUGGAUUUGAAGAAGUAUUAAGUCGUUACCAAGAAAUUGCUCCACAUCUACGACUUGCAGGACCAACUUCGUUUGCACCUGUUAUUGAAAUGGCCAUGACCAUUGUCGAGCAGAGUGGUGGUCAGUACCAUGUUUUGCUAAUAAUUGCAGAUGGACAGGUGACUAGAAGUGUAGAUACAGAACGUGGGAAGCUUAGUCCACAGGAGCAGAAGACUGUUGAUGCCAUUGUCGAAGCAAGCAAGUUCCCUCUCUCAAUUGUUUUAGUUGGAGUCGGGGAUGGCCCCUGGGAUAUGAUGAGAGAAUUUGACGACAAUAUCCCAUCACGUGCAUUUGAUAAUUUUCAGUUUGUAAAUUUCACUGAAAUUAUGUCGAAGAAUAUACCGACGUCUCGGAAAGAAACCGAGUUUGCUCUUGCAGCAUUAAUGGAGAUUCCCUCCCAGUACAAAGCUACGAUAGAACUUGAUAUUUUGGGUGGUCGCAAGGGUGUAUCUCCCCAGAGAGUGGCACUUCCUCCACCUGUCUAUGGCGCAGCUUCUUUCAGUAGUUCAAAAUCUUUUAGUAGUUCAAAGCCUACCUGGUCUUCCAAUUAUGAGCCAAGUGUGCCCUCUUUCCCCGAACAGAGAAAUCCUCCUAGGACUAGUACAGCUCCUCCUGUAGCAAGCUCAACUUAUGAUAACCAGGUCUGCCCCAUUUGCCUCAGCAAUCCAAAGGACAUGGCUUUUGGCUGUGGACACCAGACGUGUUGUGAAUGUGGACAAGACCUCCAGACAUGUCCGAUCUGCAGGAGUGCCAUUCACACGAGGAUAAAGCUCUAUUGAAGCGCCUCUGUUUAAUUACUUUGCUGAAAUUCUUUGUAAUUUACUCCUUAAUUUAUCCCAAAAUGAUGUCCUGUCUGAAUCCAUUUGUCCAUAGAUGUUUGGGUUAUGUACUCCAAAUAUACCAUGCGAGUAUUGAAUUGCAUAGUUGAGAAAUUUGAAGAACCCAACUUCCAAAUUCGACGCAAAUUUCAGCCUUUUAAGUCCUUAGAAAGUUGAUCCAAA